AUGGUGGUGGCAUUGCAAAUUGCAAUAAGGCGAAAAGAGGGUUGAAAAGAGUGGAGAAAGUUGUUAUCCACAAAGACAACACAACACAAGGCGUAGGGUGUCUCUCUCAUGGCAACCUCAUUCUCUCCGACAACUUCGGUCCGUUCCAUCUUCCAAAACCAUCCCAAAACCCUUCACUCUUUUUACAACACAACGCGCUCCUUCACCUCUCCUACAGCUGCAAUUGCAAGCUAUGCAACUCUAAAGCUUCCUCAUGCUUUCACACUUUCUCGCACACCCCUCCACUCCAAAGGGUUCUCGCAUAGGAGAACGCUACUCGUGAGGGCUGCUACUAUUGAAGAAAUAGAAGCCGAAAAGGCCGCUAUUGAGAAAGAUGUUAAAAGCAGAAUGGAAAGGACUAUUGAAAAUGUGCGGUCAAAUUUCAAUUCCAUUAGGACAGGGAGAGCAAACCCAGCUAUGCUUGACAAAAUUGAGGUGGAAUACUACGGAACUCCAGUUAGCUUGAAGAGCAUUGCUCAAAUUAGCAUUCCUGAUGCCAGUUCACUUAUGGUACAGCCAUAUGACAAAUCCAGCUUGAAGGCUAUAGAGAAAGCGAUAGUUAGCUCUGAUCUUGGUAUGACACCAAAUAAUGAUGGAGAAGCAAUAAGAUUGAGCAUCCCACAGUUGACAUCUGAAAGGAGGAAGGAACUAUCAAAGAUAGUGGCUAAACAAGCUGAAGAAGGGAAGGUGGCUUUGAGGAAUAUACGAAGAGAUGCAUUGAAAGCUUAUGAUAAACUUGAGAAGGAGAAAAAGCUCUCUGAAGAUAAUGUGAAGGAUUUGUCAAGUGAUUUGCAGAAGCUGACAGAUGAGUAUAUGAAGAAGGUCGAUACCAUCUUCAAACAAAAGGAAAAGGAGUUGCUGACAGUUUGAUGCCAUUAUACAAAAAGUAAAUAUUGAGUUCUAUCUAAAGGAGGUCAAAUUUUGUGUCUACUUUGCUCUGGGUUGGAUAAUUACAUGUUUAUCUGUAAUAUGAAAGACAAACUUUUGAUUCUAAUAGAUUUUUUUCAAAUUGAAAACAGGUGAGUUCGUGUGUAUAAAUUGAAUUUAUUUCCAUUAUGCACCGUUGAAUUAUGUCA